AUGUCUGUUAUUUCUCUCUCACUGUCCACUGACCAUGUGUUCUCCAAGACACUGUCUUCGUCUCUUAAUCUACUUCCUGAUCUAGGUGUUGAAGGAGACUGCCAUUGCGGCAAAACAGUCCAACAUCGCUCACGUCUACACAUCCGCCCACCACCUAAGAAUCUACGACAGGUGCACUUGAUAGAUCUGGAAAUACUUGAGCAGUUCGAUGUAAAACCUGGAGACUUGGGCGAGAACGUGACAACUCGAGGUCUACGGUUGUUGGAAAGACCAACGGGCACAAAGCUUCAUUUCCUGCCGCAGGCGACGACUACAGUGGAGGAUACCACGAUCGCCGAGACAUCACACCCUGUUGUUGUGCUUACGGGACUACGCAAUCCUUGCCCACAGAUUCAAAAGUUUCGGUCGGGGUUACAGGAAAAGUUCAUUGUUCGAGAUGAGGAGCGUAAGAUUGUGGAGCGCAAAGCUGGGGUCAUGAGCACGGUCGAGGUGGGCGGAGUCAUUGAAGUUGGGAUGCGGGUUCUCGUGGAAGAGCCUGAUGAGUUUCAGCAAUUGCAAUCUGUGUAA